UAACAUUUCAUGACGUCCAGUUUGUGAUUUGCUUUGAGUGUUUUGUGUAUUAUUGUUUGUAUGCACAGCAAGCUCUGUGCUUUGUUUUCUUCUCCUCAUCAGAUAAAUAUCACUUCACCUUCGCCAUUACCAAACAAAAACACAAACACAUAUACACACACACACACACACACACACGAGAGGAGAGACAGGCAGGGUGUUAUGGAUUCUGAUCCAUCUCUAACUUCACUUCCUCAAGGUCUCAGCUGGGCUCGUCGGAAUUGCCACCCGUUCCGAUCGGUGAAACCAGUUUUCCGGCUGCUGCCUGAGGUUCCGGCUUUCUAGCUUCUGAUUUUUCUGGUCAAACUUAGCUGGAUUGGAUUAUCAAGAUUUUUUGAGUCUACAACCACAAUUUGGUGGCCUGGAAAAGUGGAAUUGAAUAGCUUGCUAGCAUAGGCACAGCUAAUGGGGCACUUCUCCUCCAUGUUCAGUGGACUGGCGAGGUCGCUAUCAAUCAAGAAAGGGAAAAAUAACCAUGGAAAUUCUGAUGCAAGAGAUGCUGCGGAAGCAAUGGCGAAGGAGGCGAAGAAGAAUGACAUGAUACUGCGCUCUUCCGGGAUUGUCAAUGUUGAUGGUUCAAACAAUUUUGCUUCAGUUUUCUCAAAGAGAGGCCAGAAAGGAGUGAACCAGGACUGCUGUAUUGUGUGGGAGGAAUUUGGGUGCCAAGAGGACAUGAUGUUUUGUGGAAUAUUUGACGGGCAUGGUCCAUGGGGACAUUUUGUGGCAAAAAGGAUCAGAGAAACAAUGCCACCGUCUUUGUUGUGUAGCUGGCAAGAGACACUAGCUCAAACUUCCCUCGAUCCAGAUUUGGACUUGGAAUUGGAUAAAAAAGGUCACCGGUUUAAUAUAUGGAAGCAUUCCUAUAUCAAAACUUGUGCUGCUAUUGAUCAGGAGCUUGAGCGGCAUCGUAGAAUCGAUUCCUUUUACAGCGGAACAACUGCCCUCUCUAUUGUCAGACAGGGUGAUCUCAUUUUUAUAGCAAAUGUUGGCGAUUCUCGUGCUGUUUUGGCUACCACUUCAGAAGAUGGAAGCUUAGUGCCAGUUCAGCUUACUGUUGAUUUCAAGCCCAGUUUACCUCAGGAGGCGGAGCGAAUAAUUCAAAGCAACGGGCGAGUGUUCUGCUUAGAUGAUGAACCAGGGGUGCAAAGGGUGUGGCAGCCAGAUGGAGAAACACCAGGACUAGCAAUGUCUAGAGCCUUUGGAGAUUACUGUGUGAAGGGCUUUGGGCUCAUUUCUGUGCCUGAAGUGACACAGAGAAAUAUAACAAGCAGAGAUCAAUUUGUUGUGUUGGCAACUGAUGGGGUUUGGGAUGUUGUUUCAAAUCAAGAAGCAGUGCAGAUUGUAGGUUCAACAGCAGACAGAGCAAAGUCUGCUAAGCGUCUGGUGGAGUGUGCUGUGAAUGCAUGGAAGCGCAAGAGGAGGGGAAUAGCAAUGGAUGACAUUUCAGCCAUUUGCCUCUUCUUUCAUUCUUCCCCUUUGUCUGACCCUCAGCAAGUUCACCCAAUCAGUAUUGCCACACCAAAAUAGCUUGCAGAAAUCUUGCUCCUCCUUCUCCUUGUUUAUCAUGUAACUUUGUAGUAGUUUGAUUUUGGUUAGAUGUUUGAUUAGGAAGUUAGUCAAGCAAAAAUCUUGGUUCAGAUUUCAAUCAACAGCUAGAUGCUUCUAUAGUUGUAUGCCCAAUUAAGUUUCAAGAUACAUAGGCUUCCUAUGGUAGGUAUGUCCAAUGAUGUCCUUAUCCUACUUAUGGAACGUAAACAAAUGAUCCGAAACGUUCAGUUGUGUAAGUUCUGUUUCAAGGAUUAUUCACAGAAAAAAUCAGCUAAAUUGGAAAUUAUUUAAU